GGAUAAUUUUAUGUUUUAUGACAAGUAGAUACAACCCGACAACGUGGGUAAGAGUUGAGUGUAAUUGUUGUGAGUAAUUUAAUAUAAAAUAAAAAAAUGCGUAUCGAGACUUGUUAUUUUUGUUCAUCGCGAAUUUAUCCAGGACAUGGAAUACAAUUUGUGAGAAAUGAUUGCAAGAUAUUCAGAUUUUGUCGAUCAAAGUGUCACGCAGCGUUUAAAAAACGCAAGAACCCACGUAAAACAAGAUGGACAAAGGCGUACAGAAAGACGGUCGGCAAGGAACUUGCUGUUGACCCGGCAUUCGAGUUCGAGAAACGUCGUAAUGUUCCUGUCAAAUACAACCGCGAGAUGUGGAGUAAGGUGAUAACAAGUAUGAAGAAAGUUGAGGAGAUCAGGCAGAAACGAACCAACACUCAUAUCAUGCAGCGGCUCCGAAAGGGUCGUGAGUUGGAGGAGGAAAAAGAUAUCAAGGAAGUACAGCGUAAUUUAUGUCUCAUUCGGUCUCCAGCUGCUGGACUCAAGAACAAACACAAGACUGAGGAAGCCGAAGACGAGAAAAUGGAGGAGUCUGAGGACAGCGAAGUCGAAGCUGAAGCAAUUGCUGUUGAAAAUUGAGUUUCAUUUAUACUUUUUUAUAAAUUUAAUUCAAUUUUUAACUUACUCUUUAGCUGGUAGAAUUAAUGAUAAUUUAAAUAAAUAUUUUUUAUUUAAUAAACUGUUUUGGUAUC